AUGUUCCAAUCGUUUGUCAACCUCUUCAGGCGAACUGUUCAGCUCGAAGACGAAGAGCCCGGAAUCAAGCGUCUGCCGCCAGAACAACCGACUCCGACAGCCUUCCGGGACCCGGUUCAGUAUGGGAAAGAGGAACCGACCGAAGAAUGCGUGUUGACUGUGCUGCGACACAUUGCGGAGCUGAACGAGCACCGCCACCACGGAGUAUUCGUCGAGCCCGAGGACGACCAGGUGACCAAGAUCCACGCCCUGGUCCUGGGACCCGUCGCCACACCCUACGAAGGAGGCUUCUUCCACUUCGUGAUCCGCUGUCCCUCGGACUACCCUUCGAGACCACCGCUGGUUAGGCUAAUGACCACGGACUCGGGUAGGGUGCGGUUCCACCCGAGCAUCUACGAAAACGGCAAGGUCUGCCUUGCGCUGCUGGGCACGGACACGACGGGACCUACUUGGACGCAGAACCACAGCAUCGGGAACGUGGUGACCGCCAUCAGGUGGAUGCUGGCGAACGAGAAUCCCGUCACCGAAGGGUCAGGUUUCGGUGUCCUGCCGGCCCUGGGGACGUGGCUGAACAGCGACAUCUGCUACAACACCGUCUUGCAGCACGAGACUAUCAGGGUGGCGGUGUGCGACGCGGUCGAAGACUGCCUCAAGGGCUCUUGCCCUUACCCUAACUCUCUGAGGAACGAGGUGUUGAAACACUUCCCGCGGUUUUACGGCCAGUACGAGAAAGUGGUCCGGGAGCGGCUGCCCUUGACUGGUUCCUUCAUGAACGACGCGCUACACGGUGACAUCGCCGCAUACCAGUACGAAACGCUGCUGACGCGUCUGCAGGACCUGCGUAAGCGGGUCGGCUAG